AUGGGAGCCACCCUGUUCGUCCAGCCAUUGGAUCUUGUCAAGAACAGAAUGCAGUUGUCUGGACUUAGUGGUAAAAAAGAGUACCGUUCGAGUAUUCAUGCGUUGACGUCUAUCGUCAAAAAUGAAGGUGUUUUGGCUGUAUAUAAUGGCCUUAGCGCCGGUUUGCUCCGUCAAGCAACUUACACCACUACAAGAUUGGGUACCUACACAUACCUUUUCGAAUACUUCAAAAAAGGCGAUGCCCCUCCAUCAUUUGCCAUGAAAGCUUCACUGGGUAUGGCUGCAGGAGCAAUAGGAUCCUUCGUUGGAACACCAGCAGAGCUAGCGUUGAUCAGAAUGACUAGUGAUGGUCGACUACCGCCCGAGCAGCGCCGUAAUUACAAAAACGUAUUCGAUGCACUCAUACGUGUUGUGAAGGAGGAAGGUGUCUUCACUUUGUGGAGGGGCUGCGCACCUACUGUGAUCCGUGCAAUGGUCGUGAAUGCUGCCCAAUUGGCAACAUACUCCCAAUCGAAACAAGCGUUGCUGGAGACGGGCUACGUUCAUGAUGGCAUUUUCUGUCACUUCCUCGCCUCUAUGAUUUCUGGUCUCGCAACGACAAUCGCGUCGAUGCCUGUGGAUAUUGCGAAAACUAGAAUCCAAUCAAUGAAAGUGAUCGAUGGCAAGCCCGAGUACAAGAAUGCGCUGGACGUUUGGAUGAAGGUUAUUAGAAACGAAGGUGUGUUUGCAUUAUGGAAAGGUUUCACACCAUACUACAUGCGUCUUGGACCACACACUGUAAUCACGUUCAUUUUCUUGGAACAAAUGAAUGCUGCUUAUUAUAAGUACGUUCUGGGAAUCGAAGCAAAAGCUGGUCUUUGA